UCGCUGGUUGACUUUUACCUGUGAGGUAGACUAGUUUCGCUUCGCCGGUGGGAAUAAUCAGCAGCGACCGCCGCCGGGUCAAGUCCGGUCCAGAGGUGGUGAGACUUCCCUCCUCCCCCCUCGGCCCCUUGUGACUCAGGGGUCCCCACUGCGGAGCGUCGGACGGGAUUUCUCCGGGAUUUUAGAGUCGGUGCGCAACAGCGAGCGAAGCAGGAGGCAGGUGCACGGGAGAGGACAGGACAGGAGGAGGAAGAGGAGGAGGGCUGCUUGUAUUUCCGCGACUUCUGCCGUUCACAUAGGGCUGGAUGAUUGGAAAUCAACUGGUUGGCUGCUUGGUGGUCGAUCUGUGGUAGUUUCAUUAGUAUGCGGCUGGAGUCCCCCCCUGCUGCCGACAUCCAGCCCGAGGACUGAUCGGCAGCCCUGAAGUCUCCUCCGUGCCUGCUGAGUGACUCCUCGCCCCGGGGAGGAGGAGGAGGUGGAGGUGGUGAAGGAGGCAGCAGUGACAGGACCCCGGCUGCAGCGACUGUUGUGCGGAGCAGUUUUCACGGACGCGGCGCGGACCUCCUCUCAUCGUGGAUCAAGAAGAUGAUGGGCUUUCUGCGCCGGACGUUCAGCCGCCGCUCCCUGAGCCGCUUCCAGCAGAGGGAGAGGGAUGAGCGGGACGCUAAAGGAGGAGGAGGGGGAGCAGGAGGGGUAUCCGGGAACCCCCUGCUCCUGGCCCACCAGCAGCAGGUCGUCCACGCGCCCGCCGUGGUCACCGGGGGAUCGUCGGUUCACAUCCCGGCCGCCGGGACGGCGAGGACCACCAUCACCUGUCGGGUCCUGCUGUUGGACGGCUCGGAUGUCAAUGUGGAAUUGCCCAGCAAGUCCAAAGGCCAGGACCUUUUCGACCAGAUCAUGUAUCACAUAGAUUUGGUUGAGACAGACUACUUUGGAUUGCAGUUCAUGGACAUGGAUCAAGUUUCACACUGGUUGGAUAUGUCCAAGCUUAUAAAGAAGCAGAUCCGAGACGGUCCGCCGUACAAGCUGUUCUUCAGGGUGAAGUUUUACUCUUCAGAGCCAAAUAACCUGCGUGAGGAAUUUACAAGGUAUCUGUUUGUGUUGCAACUUCGACAAGACAUUCUGUCUGACAAGUUGAAAUGUCCGUAUGAUGUGGCUGUAGAGCUUGCGGCAUUUUGUUUACAAAGUGAGUUGGGAGACUGCGACCCCUUGGAGCACUCUCCCGAGCUGGUGUCGGAGUUUCGUUUCACUCCCAGACAGAGCGCGGCGAUGGAGGCAGACAUCUUCAACCAGUGGCUGACUCUCAGGGGAAAAAGCCCUUCUCAAGCAGAGAUUUCUUUUCUCAACAAAUGCAAGUGGCUGGAACUUUACGGAGUAGAUAUGCACUUUGUCAAGGGCAGAGAUGGAGGAGAAUAUGCACUGGGUCUCACUCCAACUGGCAUCUUGGUAUAUGAGGGCGUCACCAAAAUCGGGCUUUUCUUUUGGCCCAAAAUCACUCGGCUGGACUUCAAAAGGAGUCGACUCACGUUGGUGGUGGUGGAGGACGACGAUCAGGGUCGGGAGCAGGAGCACACCUUCGUGUUCGAGCUGGCCAGCGCCAGGAGCUGCAAACACCUGUGGAAGUGUGCCGUGGAAAGUCACGCUUUCUUUCGCCUGCGCCAGCCGACGGCGGGCAGGGCCGGCCGCAGUGACUUCACGCGACUCGGGUCCCGCUUCAGAUUCAGUGGGAAAACAGAGUACCAGGCCACUCAUGGAGGCAGACUGAGGAGGGCCAGCACAUUUGAGAGAAGGCCGAGCAGACGCUACCCGUCCCGCACACAGUCGCUGGGCAAAGUUGCGAUUUCUCCAGCCAAGCCUCCACACAUCAGCUCUCACGCCAGCCCCAAUCCAAGUCUGCAUCAGUACCAACACAACAUUCCCAUUGGUCACGAGCCCUGGCAUCCACCCCACCCCACACUCACUUCCUCAGUUUACCUGCAGCCCUCCAGUCAUACAUCGCCUCACAGUUUCCCGCUGAGUGGGCUCGCUUCAGAUCAUCAGUUUAGCGUCGAGGAGAACGAGAACUCGUAUUCUGGCAAGAUCCACCACCGCCACCGUCGGCACACACACAGCCAGGACACGCUCUGCCACACGCACACCAAGAACAAACGUCAAGCGCCCCCCUUCCCUGCAGAUGAGUUCGACAUCUCUCAGUCGCUGCUCAAGGCUUUGGAGUCUGAAAGCGAUUCUCCUCCCUGGCCUUCGCUGCACAUCAACAUCGACAACAAGGGAGAGGAGAAGCAGCUGUCUGAAAAGUCUCUGCACCCUCCUGCUUCCCCAGCGAUGCUCCCCGAUCACCUCAAAUGUAACAUCCUCAAGGCCCAGAUGGAGGCAGCCUUCAGAAAAGAAGCCCCAACAACACCCAGAGGGAAGAGCUCAACUGAGACCCUGAAUGAGAGGUAUCAGAGCUCCUCCCAAGACUCGGCGGCAUCCAGUCUGACAGCAGAAAAGACACCCUACAGGCAAGAUCACAACCUGACGCCAGAGAGGCUCCAGCCCAAAGCCAACCCGAGCACCAACCGCAGAAAACGGCUGGUCCGGCAGUUCAGCUUUAACCAUGAAGAUGAAGAUAAUCUCCCUGAAGCACUCGCAGCCAUCUCCUCCCAAAGUACAGCAAAGUCGGGCUCUAGCAGCUCAUUGGACAAACAGAUACAGCCGUCUAUCUACCCACAGGGGGAUAAUAUGCCAGCACUGGAGCUGGGUAGUCCAUGCUGUCCCUCUCCUUCGCCCUCCCCUCAUCUCUCCCCUUCUUACUACCGUAGCUCCAUUCCUCACCUGGUUCCUUACCUUGCUGCCCAUAAUGACAGCGGAGAAGAAAUUAGGGUGGACAGAGAGAAGAUCCUGAGAGCGCUCCUGAUGACAGAGCUCUGAGACCUCGACCCUUCAGACGGAAGCUAAGAAGUCCCAAAGUCACUGGUGUCAGUCAGCAUUUGUAUACUUGCAUUGCACAUUUAGCAGUUAUAAAUCUAUAUUUGCAUAAAGGCGGUUGUUGUAUUUGCUUAAUUGUUAUUUUAGAAAGAAUGCUCUUUGUAAUAACUGAACUGAACCUGUACAAAAAAGUGAAAUGGAAACAAGUGGAUUCACUCACAUGCAUUACAGACGAGCUACAGACUGUAUUCCUGGUGCUGCCUGCAUGCAUAUGUUUCCCUAAACGAUUAUCGGAUUUUGCUUUGGACUUCUGUUUAUGUGUGAGUUCAUCCUCAUCGUCUUCAUCGCCGUGUCCGUGCUGAUGCCUAAACUGUGUUUCAGACAGCGACUGUUGAAGCUUUGAUCUCCAUGUAAAAAACACCCCUGAAAUGAAAGACACUUCGCUUUCAAAUCAGUUUGUUCAAAAUGUAAAUACUCAUUGAUAUCCUGAGAACAGAGCAGGCGUUGUAAAUGCUUACCUCAGUACUGUAAUUCCUAUAUCAGAUAUACAUUUUUUACACGCAAAAAAACAUCAGCAGCAUCUGUGGUUUUAAAGAAAACCCUGAACAGUGUGAGUUGAAAGUGAAAACUGGCAGAAGAUAUCGACACCUCAGUCUCCGUGUGCCCACCAGGAGGCGCCAAAGCUCCUGUGGCAGCAGCCUUGAUCUUGUGUUACAGGUGUUCAUGAAAAACACCUCAUGCGUCCCUUUGCUGUGUUUUUAACAUGCAGCUCAAAACCAAAUCUGGCCUCAGAGGUCAGACCCUUGGAAAUAUUUUAUUAGUGCGCAAAAAACAAAAACUUCAUUUCAGCCCUUCUUUGUCACAAUCCGAGGCGGCACAUGAUCUGCACCUGUACUGUAUGUUGCUGAUUGAGUUUUCCUACCUUGGACUGGAUCUCAAUAAAGGCCACAUCAUCGGUUUGACAACUCUGCAGCAGCAUCUUUGUUUCUUUUCUUCCUCUGACAUGGGAAUGUGGCUCGGCCUCGCCCUGCCUGCCGGUUUGUUAGGUAUGUGCCUCUCACCCUCCCUGCGAAGGAACAAAAGAUGUGUGCUGUGCGGGACUUUAGUGAGGUAUCUGCCAGUGCGGUGAGUCAGCCUGUUAAUUGUACCUGUGUUUUGUGAAGAGCUCAGUGUUAGAUAAUUCAUCUUCAAGGUGAGAUGCAGCACGGCAGAAAGAGGGAGGGAGAGAAGAACUGCUUCGAAGUGAAUCACACACUCUGCUCUAAAUGAUUCAGUUUUUAAAAAAUGGGGGAAGCCUGCGGAGACUUCGGCAUUUGGCCCUCCCACUGGCUUUGAAACAACUGCAAAAUCAUCCUUCAUAAUUUCUCAGCUCAACCUGCAUUACAAGCUUAAACAAGAAGUUUUACAUACGAACAGUACAAAUUUAACCUGUUAACAGCUGAGCAGCUGAAGGAAGCCAAUCACGUAAGCUAAAGUGACAGCCACGCCAAUAUUAAGUGGAAUUUGAAUGGUCUCCUGUUAACCACAAGGACAAUGUGGUUAAGAAACAAACACCUGAAACUAUAUAAAACACGCAGACGCUUUUGUUCUGUCAUUAAAAUACCCUUUGUUAGACUGCAUUGGGGAAUAAAAGAAGAUGCCUUAGUAAAGACACUAGGCAGCUUGUUACAGUUAACUAUCACUACAUACAAAAAGCUGUUCACUCUUUAAUUCACUGCAGUUUCAGUUCUGUUUCUGUGUUAUUUUUAAUCUUCAUUAACUAUGUUGUAUAUGUAUGUGUGUCAGAGGCAAGAUU